AGCGAUUAACACAGUAAAGAGAAUUUUUCACAAUGUACGGCGGUGGAUACGAAUAUGGAGCCCCGGACCCGUACCAUGACCCGGACAGCAGAGCUGCUGACGUGGACAUCGACAAUGACGAGGAUGAAUCGGAUGAGAUCACUCAGGAGGACGCGUGGACAGUGAUCAGCUCGUAUUUCGAGGAGAAGGGCCUCGUGAGGCAGCAAUUGGAUUCCUUUGACGAGUUCAUUCAGAACACGAUGCAGGAGAUUGUCGAUGAGUCAGCCAAUAUCGAGAUCCGACCCGAAGCUCAGCACAAUCCGGGCCGGAGCUCCGAUUCCGUCGAGACAGUCUACAGGAUUAGCUUUGGGCAGAUAUACCUGAGUAAACCCAUGAUGACAGAGUCUGACGGUGAGACGAACACACUGUACCCAAAAGCCGCGCGGCUGAGGAAUCUAACUUAUUCCUCACCGCUUUACGUGGAUGUCAUAAAACGAGUCGUAAAGAAAGGUUACGAUUGUGAGGAGGUCAUUGAGACUCAAGAAUUCCCUAAAGUUUUCAUUGGGAAGGUUCCGAUAAUACUACGUUCGAGCUAUUGUAGCUUGUUCAGUCUUCCGGAGAAAGACUUGAUGGAGAUUGGGGAAUGCCCUUACGAUCAAGGCGGAUAUUUUAUUAUAAACGGGAGUGAGAAAGUGCUGAUUGCUCAGGAGAAAAUGAGCACCAAUCACGUGUAUGUUUUCAAGAAGCGGCAGCCGAACAAAUACGCCUACGUGGCGGAGGGAUCAUCAGGGCAGUACAUACGAGCUACCCUUCCGUACAUCAGAACCGAAAUUCCGAUCAUUAUUGUUUUCCGAGCUUUAGGAUUACAAGCGGAUAAAGAUAUUCUUGAACGCAUAUGCUACGAUUUUAACGACGUGCAAAUGUUGGAGUUGCUGAGGCCUUCCUUGGAGGAAGCAUUUGUUGCGCUCGACUAUAUUGGCAAGAGAGGAUCGACUGUUGGUGUCACAAGAGACAAAAGAAUCAAGUACGCAAAAGAAAUACUCCAAAGAGAGAUGCUUCCGCAUGUUAGUACCGAAGAAAACUGUGAAUCCAAGAAAGCUUAUUAUUUCGGAUACGUUAUCCAUAGGCUGUUAAUAUGUGCACUUGGAAGGAGACCCGAAGAUGAUCGAGAUCACUAUGCGAACAAGAGGCUUGAUCUUGCUGGUCCAUUGUUAGGGGGUUUAUUUCGAAUGUUAUUCAGAAAGUUAACCAGGGAUGUCGGGUCGUAUGUUCAAAAGUGUGUUGAUACUGGGAAGGACGUAAAUUUGCAAUUUGCAAUUAAGGCAAAAACUGUCACGAGCGGACUCAAGUACUCUCUUGCUACCGGAAAUUGGGGCCAAGCAAAUGCAGCGGGGACCAGAGCAGGAGUUUCUCAGGUGCUCAAUCGUUUAACAUAUGCUUCAACACUUUCGCACCUGAGGAGACUAAACUCUCCCAUUGGCCGUAAAUUGGCUAAGCCUAGACAGCUGCACAAUUCGCACUGGGGAAUGAUGUGCCCUGCAGAAACACCCGAAGGCCAAGCAUGCGGAUUGGUCAAGAAUCUAGCACUUAUGGUGUACAUAACAGUAGGAUCAGCAGCAAAUCCCAUUCUCGAGUUUCUUGAAGAGUGGACAACUGAGAGUUUUGAGGAAAUAUCGCCAGCUGUAAUUCCUCAAUCCACGAAGGUAUUCGUGAACGGUACCUGGAUUGGGAUCCACCGCAACCCGGAGCUAUUAGUUGAUGUGAACACUGAAGUCGGUAUUAUCCGUGAUAUACGUCUCAAAGAGCUUCGGCUGUACACAGACUAUGGAAGGUGCAGCCGGCCAUUGUUCAUCGUCGAGAAACAAAAGCUGCUUAUCAAAAAGAAUGAUAUUCUCGCUCUCCAGCAGAGAGAAUCUCUUGAGGAAUACGGUUGGCAUGAUUUGAUCAGAAAAGGGUUUAUCGAAUAUGUCGACACAGAAGAAGAGGAGACCACCAUGAUAUCAAUGACAAUAAAUGACCUUAUGAAUUCGAGGCGAAAUCCGGAUGAUGCAUACUCUGAAACAUUUACGCACUGCGAAAUUCAUCCUUCGCUGAUCUUAGGUGUUUGUGCUUCAAUCAUUCCUUUUCCUGAUCACAAUCAGUCUCCUCGUAACACGUAUCAGUCUGCAAUGGGAAAGCAGGCAAUGGGAAUAUACGUUACCAAUUACCAGCUACGGAUGGAUACAUUGGCCUAUGUGCUUUACUAUCCUCAGAAGCCCCUCGUCACUACUCGUGCGAUGGAGCAUUUACAUUUCAGACAGCUUCCCGCUGGCAUUAAUGCCAUAGUUGCAAUUGCAUGCUAUUCUGGAUAUAACCAAGAAGAUUCUGUAAUCAUGAACCAAUCUUCUAUCGACCGCGGAUUCUUUCGUUCUUUAUUCUUCCGUUCGUAUCGGGACGAAGAGAAGAAGAUGGGGACACUAGUAAAAGAGGAUUUCGGUCGUCCGAGUAGGGAAAGCACACUGGGAAUGCGUCAUGGAUCAUACGACAAAUUAGAUGACGAUGGCUUUGCACCUCCGGGGACAAGAGUCUCGGGCGAGGACGUGAUUAUCGGGAAGACCUCACCACUACCCCAAGAAGAAGCUCAAGGAAAAUCCGCAAGAUUCACAAGCAAAGAUCAUAGUACUAGUUUGCGCCAUAGCGAAACCGGAAUCGUGGAUCAGGUACUGCUGACGACGAAUGCCGAUGGACUGAGGUUCGUGAAGAUCCGUAUGAGAUCAGUUCGUAUACCGCAAAUCGGGGACAAAUUUAGCAGCCGGCACGGACAAAAGGGUACAAUCGGAAUGACUUACACACAAGAAGACAUGCCGUGGACAAUGGAAGGCAUAACUCCCGACAUCAUAGUAAAUCCUCACGCUAUUCCUUCUCGCAUGACAAUCGGACAGCUCAUCGAGUGCAUCAUGGGUAAAGUGGCUGCUCACAUGGGCAAAGAAGGAGAUGCUACACCUUUUACUGAUGUCACUGUGGAUAAUAUCAGCCGAGCGCUACACAAGUGCGGCUACCAAAUGCGGGGCUUCGAAACAAUGUACAAUGGGCACACGGGCCGUGUGCUGACGGCUAUGAUAUUUCUUGGGCCCACAUACUACCAGAGGCUGAAGCAUAUGGUUGAUGAUAAGAUCCAUUCGCGUGGGCGGGGCCCGGUUCAGAUCCUGACCCGGCAGCCCGCAGAGGGUAGGUCUCGGGAUGGAGGGCUGAGGUUCGGUGAGAUGGAACGAGACUGCAUGAUAGCUCAUGGGGCGGCGCAUUUUCUCAAGGAGAGGCUUUUUGACCAGAGUGACGCUUAUCGGGUCCACGUGUGCGAGAACUGUGGGAUCAUGGCCAUUGCCAACCUUAAGAAGCACAGCUUCGAGUGUCGGGGAUGUAAGAACAAGACCGACAUUGUUCAGGUAGAGUAA